AUGACCUCAAAUCCUCGCCCUACAAUAAAUAUUCGACGUGUUAUGGUCGCCCUCAUUGCCGGCAUCCUCAUCAGUAUCGUCGCCGUCUACACAGACAAUACGGCCCACGACCGCCGCAACACAUUUAACGUAACUCGUGCCUUUCUCACCGGGUUCAAGCUCACCAGUACCACCAAUGGCUUCCACGCCCUCCACUACAGUGUUGCCUUUACCGUCGCCGUCCAAAACCCCGACCGCCACUUUCGCCACGAAAACAUUCAAGUCGUUGCUUAUUACAAACGCCAAAAGUUUGCCACUGCAAAAUUGACUUCUUUUCUCCAAGUGCCGAAGAAUAUAACUCUUGGGACGCUUUCGUUUGAAGGGCAAGUAAGCGGCUUCAUUGCCAGCGUUGAAGAAGAUGCAGGUGGAGCUUACGAAAUUGACGUCGAACUCUCUCUUCGAAACAGUUACUUCUUCAUGUCACCUAUGGAGUUCGUGUAUCCGAAUACGGCGUCUAGGGUCACGUGUGACUUGAAGGAGAAACUAUGUCGUGCAACCAAGAAGAAGUUAUGUCCUUUUGCGAAUAGGGAGUCCAACGUCCCUCAUUAA